UUGAUACCAAGAACAAGAAAAAUAUGACAGUAGAGAUGAAACUGGAGUUGGUGAAAGAGAAUCUGCAGAGAAAACUGAUGUUAUUCACUACGGCAAAGUCAAAUCGUUAUUUAAUGAUAUUAACUGUGAUGGCGACGAUGAGAGUGAAAAGUUAAAAAUCUCAGCAUUCGAAUUGACGAACCGAGCGUAAGUUGAAAUGAAAAACGAAGUAUCCUGUUGGCUGGGUUCUAGAUGACUGCAUUUUUCAUGGACGUGGACGAUAAGAGCAUGGUGGUACUUAUCCUCCAAAUCAAAAGGGUAACGCGGGCAAUAAACCUUUAAAUACUCUAAAAUUUAAAGUGAUUUUGAGGAACUAAAUUUCAACUUCGAUAACUCAGAUCACGACUGGCUGAAUAAAAUAGAUGCUAGUAUGGAAAAUGAGGAUAAAAUUGACAUUGCAUUUAAGACUGAAGCUAAUGAACGAGGACCUGGUGAGGAAACUGAUACUCUCCAUGAUAAAGCUAAAUUCGUUUCUCAUCAAUAUGUAGUCAUCAACAUGAGUAUGGGGCAGCUUUCGAGUAACUUAUUAUGCCACCUGUAGCAGCUGUGCCGGUCGAUUUAGCUGUGAAAGUAUUAAAAAAAUACAUAGCUCAUUUCGCCAAUGAUGAAUUUCCAUUAUGGAAGUCAGAAAUUUGGAAAAAAAUUGCCAACGAUCCUGAGCUAGAGGGUAAAUGGUCUAUUGGUAGCGUGAGAACGAAUGUUAGAGAAGAUAGAAGAGGAAUUUUGAGUGAAGCCAGAAAACAGUGUGGUAUCACUGUAAAUAUUAUAUCUAAUAAAAAAUCAAACGUAAAUGAAAAUUGUGACAUCUCAGAAGAGUCAGAUGAAGAUUGUGACGAGGAUGAUUUGAAUGAAGAAUCAGAUUCUGAGAAUGAUGAUAUUUAUAAGCAUGAAUGUUUUACAGUAGAAAUUUCCCGGGAUCUGUGGAAUGAAAUACACAACCAUGAGCCUCUGCUUUACAAAGGUCGCAAAUAUAUUGGGUUUAAACCCAAGGUGUGGACAAAUGCAGUAUCUACUGCUUUUUGGAAGCAGCACCAUUUAAAGUGUGCUUUCGUGUUUAAAAGAGGCAGAAUUACCGAAAAUGGAAGAAAUUAUGCGACUAUAACCGGACGCUGUAGAGCUAAAAAUUGUCACAAUCCAGUGAAAGGAAUAAUUAAAGACUGUCCUGGAGAGGUCGGGCCCGUAUAUAUUAAAAUGUUUUGUCGUGAUACUCGUUUCAAAGCACGAAGAUGUCAAAAAGACCACUUAACGGAACAGAACGUGUGA